AUGUUUUUGUUUUUCAAACUGCUCGCUUUGCACUUGUUCAUAUGGUCUGCAGCACCAUUUCAAGACUUGUUGGAAUCAUUUGAUAUAUACGAGAGUCAGGGUGACUUUCAAGAACAAGAGUAUCAUGAAGAGCAACAACAACAACAACAGCAACAGCAACAACAGCAGUCUCAAGAAUUUGAUCUAUUCAAUGAGUACUUGUGUUUAUAA